AUUUAAGAAGAUGCUUUGCUGUUUUUAUAAUGCAUUGACGAAUUUUGGGGAAAAGCCAUGAUGAUGAAGGUCGCGCUGAUUCUGUCUGCUGUCGUUGUUGCGGCAACUGCAACGCCGUUCCUCCAACUGGGUGAUGACGAAACCUUGGGUGACGUCGACGUCGAAAUCUCCGUCAGAGGAGGGCAAAAGACGUUAACGUACAGAACUCCAACCGGCAACGUUCUUGACGUCACCCACGUUUUAAAAAGCGAGGGUGUCAUCGUCAAUAUUCCCGGAGAUCAGGAAGUGUGCAACGUCAGACCACUUCAGAAGACCAGCGAUGACGAAGACGAAGACGAAGAUAGAUCGACCUGCAAAGAACGAGAACCGAUGACCGAUGAAGCUGUGCCACCGAGGAUUACCGAGAUUUGCCGAGGAAAGGCGGUGUUUGCCGAGAAAUACUCGCCUUGUAAGUCCAGAGCUCGUCGAGGCUUUAGCUGCAGGCCAACUUGCCGCAGCUGUAAUGGAGGCAUAUGCUGUGGAGUCGAAUGUACAUGGACUUUCUAAGGGAUCCUGUGCUCAAGUUUUGGAGAGUCUGACUUACUGUCUGGUACAGCCUUGAUAAAAGAUCCAAUACCAUAGCUAUUGUUCGCUGUCUUUUACAGCUUUGGAGUCCGUUCUGUGCUAAUACUGCUACAAACGUCUGUUAUAUUUUGUUAAGGUACUCAUAGUUCUACAUCAUCAUAAACAGUCUUGUAAGUUUCUGACAUCAUCACUUUAACUUUCAACUCCAUUAAUUUCAGGUUAGAAACGAAAUCCAAUAACUGUGUAGUGACUGGAAUGUGUGACAUUUAUUAAUUUGGAAUAUGUUUAACCGUAUGCACGUUUAUUUGGCUACUAGUCCAUCUUUCUUAUUCAUCUAUCUCAUUAUGCAUUGCUUGAAUAAAACUUAGUUGAAAAGAUUGACUUAAUUUUGAGAAGGGGUUGAAAAGUCCUUCUCCUGUCCUACCAACACGCCAUGGUCGUAUUCCAUAUUUGGAGGAGUCGUACCAUACUCAUGUAUAUUAUAUCGUUUACAUAGUUAGGUUUUAGAACUGAAAGACAAUAGCACUGGUUUCGACAUGUUGUCGGUAAGUAUGGCCAUAAUCUAAAACAAGCAGGACAGGAAUAUGUGUUAUGCACAUAGCUUCAAUGCGUAGUUAAUUGUGCAUAAGACAAUGGUGGAUAUUAAACGACGAAAUAGUAGAGGGGACAUCAACAGUCUGACCUUAGAAUCAAAGUGAUCAACACCAGCGCCUGUGCUUCAUGCCGUUCAUAAUUUUAUGCCAUUAAAGCUUUCCAUGCACAAGCGUACACAUACAAGUUUGCUAUAAUACAGAUGGUAACACGAUGUCUUUAUACUUAUGUAGUCAAACAGUUUGAAAAUCUACUUCCCCUAAACCGCAUAGCCCAGGGGCCGUAUUCAAUAAGCAUCUUAGUGAAUAUUUUCAACUUAGUGAGAAUUUCGUAAUUUUUGACAACGAUUAUUUUAAAUACCCGCUACUUUUCAUCAGAUUUAUUCAUAUGCAUAUAUUGUUUAGACCAUUUUCUUGCUUAUUUUCAUAUUUUUGGUGUACAAACAUUGUUCGUUUUCUUAAAAUUCAAAUUAGAAAAAUGAUCCUCCGUGUAAUAGCGCAUGCAUGUUCACGCAUUUUACUGGAAGCCACUCAAAAUAUGCAAAACUGUACACAUCACAAGUUUGCAUCUGGAACAAUGUAUGAAAAUCCAGCAGUGUUAGAGAAUUAUAAGAUAAACUGCUUUUCAAGUCCAAAAUUUGUGGAGUGUAAAUAAUAAACAAAUUUUACCAAAACAAAACUUGAGCUCAACUUGGUCCUGUUAUAAGGGACUUAACGGCUGUCACUUCUUGAAACUUCUCAAGCUAAACUGGUUUUAGUAGGACUUAACGGCCGUCACUUCUUGAAACUUCUCAAGCUAAACUGGUUUUAGUAGCUUAUUUCAAUUAGCCAAAAUACGUAGAUAUCUUUAUCAUAAUUCCUAUCCAGAGUCUUGUAACGUCUUAUGCAGUAAUUAUUACGCAAAUUACAGAAAAAAAUAGGCAGCUUCACUUCAUAAACACAAACACAAGUAAUGAGAAACUUAUUCUGAAAUUAGUGACUUUCAUAAAUUGUGGGCGUAAAAUACGAACGAAUUUGUUACCUUAAUGAUGUGCUGUUCUUGUUGUGUUGAUGUUUUUUGUAUUAUGUUUGUUUCAUAAAAAUAAGACGUAAAACUAUGCCAUAUGCUUAUAAAUUAUCAUUGAUACUAGUAUAAUAUUUGCUUUGAUAAUGUUUCGAUCCAUGUUCUCCUUUAAAUAGUAAUUAGUAUAUAUUUGAUAUGUUUGUAAUGUAUUCUUAAUGUAAUACUAAAUGAUACAUUGACUAUUGUUUAUAUGUAUGAUCAUGUUGAUGGACGAUGAACUGUAUGUUUAAAUCCAAAUAAACUAUUCUGUUCUGUU